AUGGCUGAGAAUUAUCCCAACACAAACAUGCCCGGUUCGACCAUGGACCCAUAUAAGUACCAGAUGAACCUUGAGCAUUCAGAUUUCUUCGAGUUCAAUGACUGGACGAAUGACGAUCUACCACUUUUCGUCUCUGGUUAUCCCGGAAGCCAAACUUAUGCAGCAAAUGACGUGGUUAACUCCGGAGGAAGUAGCAGUUACCACGAAGAUCCCAACGCCACAUCAGGAGAUAGUAGGAGAAGAAGGGAGAAUAAAGAAAUCACAGAGAAGGUUGCUUUUAAAACCAAGUCAGAAAUUGAGAUACUUGACGAUGGCUUCAAGUGGAGAAAGUAUGGGAAAAAAAUGGUGAAAAACAGCCCAAAUCCAAGGAAUUAUUACAGGUGCUCGGUUGAAGGAUGUCCAGUGAAAAAGAGAGUUGAAAGAGACGCAGAGGAUCAAAGGCAAACACCUUCAGUUUCCAAAUUUUGGAUCGUCGGUUCCAAGAAAUCCCACCAGAUCUUGAUUUCUAGUAAAACUGGGAUACUGUUACUCUACACCCCAACAUUUCUUGCUGGUCUUGCUUCGUUUUAG